CAGUGAGCCCCUCAACUAGGAGAGGCGGAGUCCUGUGCAGACAAAGUAACAGUCAUAGCAGGGGACGACUGCAGACACAGAGGGAACACUGUGCAAACGAAACCUCUGCAGCCUCAAGAGUCAUGAUGGAGCUCUAUCUCGACCUGCUUUCUUCACCCUGCCGCUCCGUAUUCCUGUUUCCCAAAGUUGUCGGGAUUCCCUUUGAGUUUAAGCAUGUCGACCUGCUUUCAGGGCAGCAGCACAGCGAGGAGUUUGGAAAAAUCAGCAUAGUUAGGAAGGUUCCUGUCAUGAAGGAUGGAAGCUUCAUCCUGACAGAAAGCACCGCGAUCCUGCAGUAUCUGGCUCAGAAAUACUCCUCGUCAGUGGCAGAUCACUGGUAUCCGGCCGACCUGCAGCAGAGAGCUCGUGUUGAUGAAUACCUGUCCUGGCAGCACAUGAACCUGAGAGCGCACGGGACAAAGGUCUUGCUGUUGAAGUUUAUGUACCCUCUCGUCAUGGACUCUGAGCCCCCGAAGGAGAAGGUGGACGCUGCUGUCGAGGAUCUGAACCAGUCGCUCAAAUUGCUGGAGGAGAAAUUCCUGCAGAGCAAGUCGUUCAUCAUCGGAGAGCAGAUCUCUCUGGCCGACCUGGUGGCUAUAGUUGCACUCAUGCAGCCUAUUGGAGCUGGCAUGGAUGUGCUCGAAGGCCGGCCGAAGCUGAUCGCCUGGAGAGAUCGAGUGGAGCAGGCGCUCGGUAAGGAGCUGUUUGAUGAAACCCAUGAGAAGAUCAUGAAGAUUAGCAGCCUGAAGUCGACACUGACGAGCAAGCCUGGGCUGGCGUUGAUGAAAGAAAUGUUCCUGAAACAGUUCCGCUGAGGAGGUGUCUGUGCUCGGUGAUAAUCCGACUGUGAUGGACUCAGACAUCAUCUUUUCUAACUUCAUUUCUGAUCUUAUUGCCUUAAUUCCUAUGGAUGUUUGUCACGAAGUGCUGAGAAAUAAUUCAACCAUUUUCCAGGUUUUAAAAUGUUGCAGGUGUUGAAAUGUUUGCAGCUGUGCACCCACACUGUGUAAAAAUUCUUAAAUGUGCAUCUGAUGUCAUGGUCCAGCUACAUUCUGAUUAAAGUGAAAUUCUGAACCGAA